AUGUUUGAAGCAUUGGUUCACCGGGUGGUGGUCGGAUAUCUUGGCCGUUUUUGCAAAAACUUACAGAAAGACCAACUGAAGCUUAGUCUCUGGAAUGAAGAAGUGUUGUUGGAGAAUGUAGAACUUAUUCCUGAAGCGUUUGACUAUCUUCGGCUGCCAUUGGCUUUAAAAUACGGUCGGGUUGGCAGGUUAAGCAUCAAAGUAUCAUGGAAAAAGCUGGGACUGGGCCAACCAAUUAUCAUUGCUUUGGAAGAUGUGUUCAUUUGUGCAUCUCAGCGGGAUGAACAAGAGUGGUGUUUGGAGGAGGUUGAGAAAAGAGAGUAUGCUGGCAAAAGGGCUCAGCUUGUUAAAGCAGAACUUGCAAAAUUAUCAAGCCGAGUUGAUAAUCAAGCAGGACAAUCAUUCAUUUCAUACAUUACUGCGAAGGUCCUUGACAGCAUCCAAUUGUCAAUUAGAGAUUUCCAUAUCCAAUAUAGAGAAAACUUGUUUGACUCAGCACAGGUUCUUUCAGGUAUAAAGUUCUCCAGCUUGACGAUAAGGCAAAGUCCUGUUGGACCCCGUAGUACUAAAGUCAUUGGUGGACAAGUAAGCAAAACUGUAGAUGUUGAAGGAUUGGAAAUCUAUUGUCACACCAUUGAAGCGAGAAAUUCAACAAGUUCAUCUGGUGCUAUAGAAGCUGAGUGCUGCAGCAGUCCAAGGUGGGAAGGCAAAGAGUUUGACCGUCUGUUACAGCCGUUAGAUGUAUCAGUCUCUAUUGUGAUCAACAAAGAGGGAAAGCUAGAUGGUAAUUUGCCACAGUUCUCAAUCAGAGCUGAGUUGAGUGGCCUGGUUUUGUCUUUAAACGAGGUUCAGUUGCAACAAAUACUGAUGUUGAUGGACUACCUGAGCACAAGCCAUCUAAGAGAAAAGUACGGACGUUACCGUCCUCGGGGUUAUUCUUUAUCACGAAAGCAGGAGGGUUGGCAGAAGUCAUGGUGGGAUUAUGCACAACAGUCUAUUUUGUCAGAUGUUCGUAAGAAAUUAAGGAAGACAUCUUGGAAAUACUUAGGAGAGCGCUUGAGUUCUCGCCGCAAGUAUAUUACACUCUACAAGAAAAAGCUGGACUUUCUCCAGAAUGAGCAGCCAAUUGAUGAAGAUAUUCUCCGGGAACUAGAAGAAAUAGAGAAAGAGUCAGAUGUUGAUGACAUACUACGUUACAGGUCUGCUGCUGAAACUGAGCUUCAGGAAAUUUCAUUGAACUCGUCCUUUCCAAAUAAGGAAGUUACAGGCGUUGGUAACUCUGCUGACAAACCACAAAAUGAUGGGCGUUCAUUAGGUCGGUCACGGGGAUGGUUAAAUUGGCUGUCUCGUGGCAUGCUUGGUGCUGGAGGAACUGAUGAUUCUAGUCAGUUCUCAGGAGUAAUCUCCGAAGAAGUUGUGAAGGACAUUUAUGAAGCUACAAAAUUUCAUCCAUCAGUUAUAUCUGGGAGUGCUGAUGAAAAUGGAAAACUCCUUACUUGUGCAAUCACUUUCAGUAUAGCCCGGAUAACUGCAACUCUACAUAGCCAGAAGUCCAGCCAGGGAAUUGGUGACUUGAUUUUAAAAGAUGUCUUAGUUGAGUGCGAACUCGGCCAAGACUUGGCUACAGUUGGGUGCUUUGCUGAGAUGACAGAGAUUGUUUAUCCAUGUAGCGGGAAAGUCGUUUUACGGACAGGAGGGUUCCUUGUUGAAAACAAUGUAGAGUUAGUUGAGCGAGCCUCCUGUACGGUCCAAGUUGAUGUUUCCAAGGAACAAGAGCUUGAUUUGUCGGUCAUGCUUAAAACACUUGAAGUCACUUUAGAUAUCGACUUCUUUGCAAAUAUUAUGGAGUUUUUUUCGAUAUCCAGAUCCUGCAAGUUUCAGCCUGAAAGAGUAUUGCUGUCACUGAAUGGGAUUCAGGAUCUGAAGACACGUUUAUCAUGGAAGGCUGUAUCCAUUUUAUCAAGCCGUAAAAAGCUAAGAUGGGAUGUCAGUGCCAAAAAUGUUGUUGUCAGUAUUCCUCACAGGAAACCUGUUGCGGAACAACGUGACUUGGUACUAACGGCAGAAACUUUGCUAUGUGCAUCGAAGCUUGAUCUAGAUGGUUCUGGUGUUCAACAGCAAUCUAACAUCCUGAAAGAAUUAUUUGGUUCUACUGAUGAGUCAUUUGAAGGCAUAAAUAUUCAAGACCUUUAUAAUCACUAUGACAUCAGUGUAACUGAUAUGGAGGUUAAGCUGUUGGCAUCUGAACAUGCUCCAUCAGUCACUAUCUUGAAGAAAUGUCGGCCUUCAAUCACCUUAGCGUCUUGCAUAGUUUCUGAUGAAUCCAUAUUGAAACAGUUGGAGGUCUCCAUAAUCUUAUCUUCAGUUGCAGCAAAUUUUUCUCCGUCAAUAUAUGGAUCUGUUAUGGCCCUGUUUGCCCAUGUUGAUUCUCUCCUUUCAAAUUCCGGAUCUCUUAGUUUGACUAAUCUCAAUGCACCAAGUGUUGCUUCAAGUCGACCAUGGGCUUCUUAUUUUGGCUUUACUUUGGCAGUGAGUUUGGAGUCAGGCAUCUUUUUUACUGACUUUGAGAAUGAAGGAGACAAUAGCCCUCAACUGUCUCUCUCUCUUCAGGGACUAUAUGUGGGGUAUUCUCAUAUGGAAUUUGACGAGUGCCAGGUAUCUCUAAAAGAAUUGAAGUUGGAUACCAUACCCUUGAUUGGUGAACAGGAAAGCCAUAUCCUCUGCUCUUCUAGAAAUCAGUUCGGCUCUUCUUCUAAAGCUCAAAAGAACUUUCAUAUCGGAAACAUCAACCAAAGACAAGGGGAAAAUGUUAAUGGUGGGUCUGUUGAAGAGUGCUUUCUUAUGCGCUAUGAAGCUUGCCAAAGUGCAGGUUAUACUGUCCAUUGGUGCAAGUUUUACUUGACUGAUAUUGAUCUUCAUUGUCAUCCAUAUAUAAUAGGGUUACUGCAAGGUUUGUUUAGAAGGAUAUCUGCUGGUGAUGCGUCUUCUGCUUCGGAUAACUUACGCACACCUGUUCAUGAUGAUUAUCAGCCAAAAAAGGGUGGUUUUGGAUUUCAAAGUUUUGGCUUCUCUAAUUUUUAUGAAUCUAGCUCAUCUGAUGCUAAUAUUCCGUUGGAUUUCUAUCCAUUUGUGACAAUAUCAAAUAAUGGACUUCUUGGUAGCCCUGAGAGUUCACUUAGGUGUCCCUGUUCCGAAUGGCGGAAAUUAUUUAACUUAAGGAACGAGACGACAAGAACUAAGAAAUUCAACAUCAAUAAUGGAUUUGGCUUGAUUAAUGCAGCUGGGGAUAGUCCUUCUCCUGGUGUUUUCUUUCGUAAACCUGCAUUUCAAAUGGACAUUUAUCUUCAUGGAAUAAGAGUCUAUUUCCAUGAUUCUGCUUCCGUUGUGGGAGAUCUGCUAAUUCCGACGGCUGUGUCAUCAAUGUUGGUUCAUGAAGACAGUAUGGACUUGCUGUGUUCUACAGAAGGAUUGAUUCUUGCGUCGUCAUGGUGGAAUCACAGUGUUCAUGAGUUCCUCUGGGGUCCCACAUUGCCAAAUAUGGCUCCUAUACUAAAUGUUCGUGUUAGGAAGGGGCUUGCUAGAUCAUUAAAUUCAGAAAUUGAAGUUAGCAUUGGUGUUCAGCACACAAACUGUGUUCUACCACCCAAGUAUUUAGCCAUAUUAAUUGGGUACUUCUCAUUGCCCGAUUGGGAUGAGACGCCUGUCACCCGGAGUCCUGCGAAAAAUGGAAGUUCUGCGGCUAAUGUAAAUCCCAUUGUUUACAAGUUUGAAGUACUUGAUUCUACAUUAUUGUUACCAGUGGAGCAGCAUUGCGGACAAUUCCUGAAGAUGGAAAUUGGAGAGCUGUAUUGUAGUUUCAUACAUAAGUGUGCUUUGGUAGAUGAACUGAAAGAUGUUUAUCCUACCUAUGUUCUGGCUGCUCAUAAUAUUCCUACCAGGAAUCAUUUCUUGGGCAUAUUUGGAAGGGAUCUAUUCUUAUCACUCCUAGAAUUCAGGGAUGAAGAUGACUCUUCUGUUUUUGGUCAAGAGACGAGAUGCAAGAGUAUUUGCUUACUUUCCUCACUUAAUGCUGAUAUUUGGGUCCGGAUUCCUUACGAAAGUGAAUCGGAGUGCAAUUCUACAUCCAUCAUGGCGGGGAUCAGUGACUGCCAACUUAUUCUUGAUGGUUGCUCUGCUUUGAAUGAGUUCAACGCGUUGAUGGUUGUCAUAGACCAAUUUUCUUCUGUUAGCAUGCUGUCUAAGAGUUUCACAUCUGUUCCACAUUUCCUUCAGCUAAGAACUGGUUUUUGUCUCAAGGAAAUUGGUGAACCGUCCUUCACUGGCUCAAGCAGUUCAUUUAUGGAAUUCCAGUUUUUAGUUGAGUCAUUGACAAUUAAAUUAUUUGGCUCACAACCAAAUAUGAGUUUAUCAGAACAAGUGGCUAAAGCUGACAUGCAAUUUGCAUGUUCGGCGUCUUUAGUCGAUGAUGUGCUUAUCGGCAUGGACUUUAGUUUGACUUCUCUACUAUUAACUUCAUCGCUUAAUCCAGUCAUGUUAGCGCAGUGCAUCAAGACAUCCUCAACUUCUGCUUUUCAAGUUUCUUUAUCGAAAGAAGUUGGUGGUGACAGUCAGCUUGAUAUCUCGCUUCCAUCUCUUGAUAUUUGGCUGCAAAUUUCUUGUUGGUUUAGGGUCAUUGAUAUCUGUAGUUCUUGUGCUGAACGAGUUUCUGGAGCUGAAUCUGCAAAGGGUUCUUUGGACACUGCACAGGGAAAUGCUGUUGGCGGGAAUGGGAAAAUGGAAUCUGCAACAUCUCAGACGCAUGAUUGCGUGAAUAUUCAAUCUUUGACUGCGUCGCAGUCUGCAAAGCAGAAUUCUGCUGCCCUAUUUGUAAAAUCAGAAAACAUUGGCUUGAAUAUCUACUUUCCAGUGGAUCAAUUAGAAGGAAAGACUGACGCAGAAGGCCCGAGUCCACCUUGUGCUUCAUCUGAAACUGAAGGGAACCAUUGUGACUAUGUUGUAGUUACAGCAGUAAGUCGUCGUUGUGAACUGCGCAAGGUUGGUUCACUGAUAAAAGUGAAGUCUGUUUUCGAAAGAGUCACUGGCAAGGUGGGGAUGUCUCAGGGAAAGAACAUUAUCACCUGGCCUUUGUUCCAAAUAUCCCAGGCCACUGUGGAUGCAGACAUUGGGGAGGGUCAAAUGGAACUUAUCACGGUCAAUUUGGGAGUCGAUUGUCACCGUUUGGAUGUUUGGCUUUCUCAUCAAGUAUUAUGCUUCUUGCAUGAUGUACGUUUCAACGUUCCUGAAACUACAUCUACUUCUUCUUCAUCGUUUGGCAGAAUGGAUUUCAAAAUCGAAACCAGGAAAAUUUCACUUCUGAUAUCUGAUGAAAGGUGGAGCUUCGGUGGGCCUCUGUUGGAGAUUCUGAUGAAGCAGUUUCUGCUAAGUGCUACUAUGACUGAAAAGAUGAUGGAAAGCUCAGUUGAUAGUGUCCUUGAGGUGAAUUAUAACAAUAUUCACAAGGUCUUGUGGGAGUCAUUUAUCGAGCCUUGGAACUUCGGGGUACACAUUGUCAGAAGAUAUGAUACAACAUCUAUUCUCAACAGCUCCAUUGUAACAGAUAUUAAUCUUGCAUCAUCAGCACAGCUUAACUUGAAUCUUACAGAAUCUCUUGUUGAGUGUGCUUGCAUGACAGCUGAGAUGGUUAAGGAUGCAUGGAAUCUCUUGCAACCAGAUGAGGGUCGAAGGUUUUCUGGCCCACAGCCAACUAGCAACAUGUAUGAAGGAAGAUAUGCCCCUUAUCUACUUGAGAAUUUGACAUCGUUGCCUCUGAUUUAUCAUGUUUCUCAAGGGUUUGGAACUAGCAAUGUAUCUGAUUCCUCAGUAAUGAUAGAUGGGAUAUCCGUGGAACCUGGUGCCUGCAUUCCUAUAUAUGUUAAUGAAACUCCAGAGGAGCAACUAUUUCGUUACAGACCUGCUCAAUCUUCAGACAGGCUCAGUGAUAAGGAAUCGACUGGAGUAUUGCACCACUUCAUGCGCGUUCAGCUUGAUGGAACUUCUAAGCCUUCUUCACCCGUUUCAAUGGAUCUAGUAGGGCAGACUUACUUUGAGGUUGACUUUUCAAAGACCUCAAAUAACUCCGAGAGAACUAUGGAUGACAAUGGUAGAGGCAAUGCAAAACAUGGUUUUGUUCUUCCUGUUGUGUUUGAUGUUUCAGUGAAGCGCUACAGCAAAUUGAUUCGAUUGUACUCAACGGUAAUUCUGUUCAAUGAAACAUCAGUUCCUCUGGAGUUACGGUUUGAUAUUCCUUUUGGACUAGCACCAAAGAUUCUGGAUCCAAUAUAUCCUGGUCGAGAGUUUCCACUGCCUUUGCAUUUAGCUGAAGCUGGUCGUAUGAGGUGGCGACCAAUUGGAGAUGCUUACUUGUGGAGUGAAGUAAAUGAACUUGCGAAUGUCAUAUCACAAGAGAGCAAGAUUGGGUUCCUCAGAUCUUCUGUUUGUUAUCCAUCUAACCCUAGCAGUAAUCCAUUUCGUUGCUGCAUAUCAGUUCGGCAUUUUAGAUUGCCUACAACUUGUGUACCAUGGAAAGGUUCACAUAUACAUGUUAACAGUUCAAGACAGUCUGGUGGCACUAUCUUGCACGAUGGGGAGAGUACAAAGAGAUUUGUUCACCAAGUUAUUCUAGGUACUCCAUUAACAGUGAACAACUAUCUUCCAGAUGUUGUAUCAUUGACAAUUGAGAGUGGCGGAAUUUCUAGUGCCGUGCCACUUACUGAGGAGAAAAUUUCAUUUCAUCACGUGGAUCCCUCACAUGAUGUCGGGAUGGAGCUGUAUUUGGGUGGAUUCCGGCCUUCAUCUUUGAAGUUUCCUAGUGUGGAAGCAUUCAGUGGAAUAUCCAAGUUCAGUGGAACAAAGUUCUCUUCAAUUGAAGCAUUUACGUUGGAACCUGAUUCUUCUAAUGGGCCUAUACAUGUAACGGUGGAAAAAAUCAUGGAUGCAUUCUCUGGCCAACGGGAAGUAUUUGUUUUUUCAACAUUCUUAUUAUAUAAUUGCACUGGUCUUCUUCUCAAUAUUGCGGAAGCUAGCACAGAAGUGAAAGGAAAUUUCUGCACUCUUCCAUCCUACAACAGAUCUUCUGAUCUGCCUGAAAAUGAGGGUUUUCAGAGCCAAAGGAAUAAUGUGGGCCUCUUAUCUGCCGACCUUGAUUCACAUUCUAAGUCCCAAAUGACAAAUCACCUUGUUGUGUAUAGAAAUAAUGUUGAUACACACAAGGGGAGACAUUAUAGGGAGCGUCUCAGUUCUGGCUUCCUGGAACAGCCUUCUGAACAAUCAAAGAAGCACGGGUUGUCUGGGAAGCGUACUUAUUCAAGUGGUGGAUCAGCAUCCAUGGUGUCUGAUGAGGCUGAUGUUGAAUUUGGUAGAGUCAAAGCUUGUAUGUUUUCCGCACGCAACGUUUCUUCCAUGAGUGAAGUGAUGGUCAGAGUUAGUCUGAACCUGCCUCAACAUGUAACUGGAGGCAUCUCAAAUUCUUCAUGGUCAGAACCAUUUCUUCUCGUCCCACCUAGUGGAUCAAGUACUAUUCUUGUUCCUCAAGUAUCAUCCAAUGGUGUACAUGUGAUAUCUGUAUCUUCUAGUAGUCUUACUGGGCCACUAACUGGAAGAUCACAAGCUAUCACUUUCCAGCCGAGAUAUGUUAUUAGCAAUGCUUGCCGGAAACCUAUAUGUUAUAAGCAGAAAGGAACAGAUUCUUUCCUUCUGUUGGCUAUCGGGCAGCAUUCAUGCCUUGACUGGACAGACAACACGAGGGAGCUGUUAGUGUCUAUACGUUUUAAUGAACCUGGAUGGGAGUGGUCAGGUGGAUUUUUGCCAGAUCAUUUAGGGGACACACAAGUCAAAAUGAGGAAUUAUGCUGGUGACCUAAAGAUGGUAAGGGUGGAGGUGCAGAAUACUGAUGUUUCCAUUGGGGAUGAAAAGAUCAUUGGAAGCGUCCGUGGAAAUUCCGGAACUAACCUAGUUCUGUUAUCCGAUGAUGACUCUGGGUUCAUGCCGUACAGAAUAGAUAAUUUCUCAAAGGAGAGGUUGCGUGUGUAUCAACAAAGGUGUGAAACAUCUGAUACUAUACUACAUCCAUAUGCAUCUUGUCUUUAUGCAUGGGAUGAGCCGUACUAUCCACAUCGUCUCGCAAUUGAGGUUCCUGGAGAACGUGUUGUUGGUCUGUACACUCUUGAUCUGAUGAAAGAACACGCUCCAUUGUACAUAAAGCCAGCUUCUGAGAAAACUGGAAGAACAUUACAUAUAUCUGUCCAUGCAGAGGGAGCAAUGAAGGUACUGAACAUCAUUGACUCGAGUUACCAUGUGCUAAAAGAUGUGGAAGGUCCAUCAGCUGCCAGUUUUCAACAAAAAAGUGAGCAGAAGCAUGGAACUUAUGUUGAUUAUGAGGAAAAGUUAUCGCUUGCUAUAUCUCAUAUUGGAAUAUCGCUCAUAAAUGGAGAUCCUCAGGAAUUACUUUUUGCUUGUGCGAAGAACAUCACCCUUGACCUGGUUCAAAGUCUGGAUCAACAAAAGAUAUCUUUUCAAAUCUCAUCGCUGCAAAUAGAUAAUCAGUUGGCAACAACCCCAUAUCCUGUGAUCUUGUCUUUCAAUCAAGAGAAUAGAAGCAGCAUGGCUAGCCAGAGAGUAAAGGAUGAUAAUGCGGGUUCUAAAGGUGAUGGAGGAUUGCAAAUGGCUUCAGGCAGUUUUUUUGAACCGGUGCUCCACCUGGCUGUUACAAUCUGGAGGAAGAAAGACGUCUCCUUGCUUUCAUUCGAGUGUAUAAGUUUGAGAGUAGCAGAUUUCCACCUGGAACUUGAGCAAGAAGUUAUAUUAAGCCUGCUUGACUUCUUCAAGGCUGUCUCUGCAAGGUCUCGGAGUAAAGUAUUGCCAUCUUCAGAUCCUGCACAUAUUCCUUUGCUUUUUGAUGCUGGCAAUAGACGUGAUUGGGUUGAUAAUUAUGCCAUACCAAGAGAAGAAAAUCAUCGAGUUAAGCAUGCUGCCAAACAAAAGAGGAAUAUAGGCUAUGGAUCUCUUCCAUCAGUAGUUCCAAUUGGAGCUCCUUGGCAAAAGAUUUUCCUACUGGCCGGGAAGCAGCAGAAGAUCUACGUGGAGUUGUUUGAUCUUUCUCCCAUCAAGUUCACUUUGAGCUUUUCUAGUUCUCCGUGGAUUCUUAGGAACGGUAUUCUUACAUCUGGAGAAUCUCUUAUCCAUAAACGUCUUAUGGCUGUUGCUGAUGUUGAGGGAGCUCGGAUCAGUCUCAAACAGUUGACUAUUGCACAUCAGAUGGCUAGCUUAGAAUCAAUGAGGGACAUCAUCGUUAGACAUUACACUCGCCAACUUCUUCACGAGAUAUACAAGGUGUUUGGUUCUGCUGGGGUUAUAGGCAAUCCCAUGGGCGUUGCUAGGAGUUUAGGACUUGGUGUCAGAGAUUUCCUAUCUGUUCCUGCCAGAAGUGUUCUCCAGAGCCCCACUGGGCUUAUUACAGGCAUGGCACAAGGCACUGGUAGUCUGGUGAGUAACACCGUGUAUGCUCUAAGUGAUGCUGCCACACAGUUUAGUAAAGCUGCACACAAGGGAAUUGUUGCAUUCACCUUUGACGAGCAAGCUGUUGCUAGGAUGGAAAAGCAACAGAAAGGUGCGCCUUCCCAGAGUAAAGGUGUAAUAAGUGAAGUCCUUGAGGGACUGACUGGUCUCCUUCAGUCUCCAAUUAGAGAAGCUGAGAAGCAUGGUCUUCCAGGUGUCUUCUCAGGUCUCGCACUGGGAAUAUCAGGACUCGUGGCUAAACCAGCAGCUAGUCUUCUUGAGGUCACAGGGAAAACAGCACAAAGCAUAAGAAAUCGAAGCCGGCUAUACCAUCAACGCUACAGAGUUCGCUUCCCAAGACCUCUAAGUCCACAACUUCCCUUAAGGCCUUACUGUUUGGAAGAAGCCAUUGGGACAUCAGUGCUCUCAUGUGCUGCUGACGAUUCCGUGAAACUCAAGGACGAGGUGUUAGUAAUGUGCAGACCACUCAGAGAAGCUGGUAAAUAUGCCGUUCUCACUGAGAGACUGGUGCUAAAAGCCUACUCUUCCAGCUUGGUUGACUUAGGAACCCAAAACUUCCGUGGGGUGCCCAUGGAUCCGAACUGGAUUGUCGAGUCGGAAAUCAGUCUGGAUAGUGUGAUCCACGCAGAUACUGCGGAUGGCGUGGUGCACAUUGUUGGGAGCAGCACGGAUGCUUUGGUUAGGCAGAAUCAGCUACAGUUUAAAAGAGGCAGCGACUCGAAGGCGAGGCAGUGGACAAACCCUUCCACUCCGCUCCCGCUGUUCCAGACUAACCUGGAACUGCCGACGGAGAACGAUGCGCAAGACUUCUUGCGAGUUCUAAUGUCAACGAUUGAAGAGGCGAAAGGCAAGAGACAAGGCAUUGGGCGUGUGCUACAUAGAAGUAAUAUCAUGUAG